CGGCGCGGGGGCGGCGCUGCGCCCGCCCCGGCUCGGCUCAGCUCGGCUCGGCUCGCCUCGGCUCGGCUCGGGGGCGGGCGGUGGCACCUGCGGCCGCGCCGCGCGGAGCCGAGCGGAGCGAGCGAGCGGAGCCGCGGCCCGGAUGUAGCCGGAACAUGGCGCUGGGGGCGGCGUGACGGCGGCGGCCGAGGUGGGAAUGAGGGACCUGGCUGUGUGGGGCAGGACACUGGUUUCGGAGCAGCUGCUGUGCCAGAUCUUUCCACCAUGUUCGGGAAAAAGAAGAAACGGCUGGAAAUUUCCGGGCCCUCCAACUUCGAGCACCGGGUCCACACUGGCUUCGACCACCGGGAGCAGAAGUUCACGGGGCUGCCCCAGCAGUGGCACAGUUUGCUGGCGGACACGGCCAACCGGCCCAAGCCCAUGGUGGAUCCCUCAUGCAUCACUCCCAUCCAGCUGGCUCCUAUGAAGACUAUUGUUCGCGGAAACAAGCCUCGAAAGGAUACUUCAAUCAACGGCCUGCUGGAGGAGUUUGACAAUAUCUCGGUGACACGAUCCAAUUCCCUGCGGAAGGAAAGCCCUCCCACCCACCACCAAGGAAACGCCAACCACGUGCCGAGGCACCAGGAGGAAAAUGGCUACAUCACGUACUCCCAGUACUCCAGCGAGUCAGACACCACCACAGACUACGUCGUGGAGAAAUUCCGAGACAAGGCUCUGUACGGGGAGGAGCUGGACAGGUACUACAAGGGCAGCUACGCCGCCAAGCAGAAUGGGCACAUGAUGAAGGUGACAUCCCGGGACAUCUACUACUCGGAGGUGACACCCCUGCAGUCAGACCUCUCCAGGUUCCUCCCAGAUUACCACGCACACCUGGAGACCAAGCCCAAGCCGCUGGAAUACGGCGGCCUGAAGCUGGAGUAUCAGCGGAUCCCCAGCGGAUCCUCCCUGGACUACAGAGAUCCCUUUCCUUACGCCCCAUCCCGAGCGUCGCUGCAGAGCGAGUGCCCCAAGGAGAGGCUGGAAUACGGUGACAGUGACUGGGGACACGGCCUCAGCAAGGAUGACUAUGAUAAGAGGCCAAAGUCAUCCUACGUGGACCCUGCGAGCCCUCAGCCCACCAUACGGCAGAGAUCCCGGUCAGGCUCCGGCCUGCAGGAGCCGGCCAUGCCCUACGGAGCAAGCGCCUUCAAAGCACACCAGCAAGGACAUUCCUACAGCUCCUACACCUACCCCCGCCUGUCCGAAACCGCAGCAGGCAUUCCCAAGGUGGAUUAUGACCGAGCACAGCUGGUCGUCAGCCCACCGCUCUCUGGCUCCGACACCUACCCCCGGGGCCCGGUCAAGCUACCUCAGAGCCAGAGCAAAGUCAGCUACUCCAGCAGCAGCUACCAGUACCCUGUGGUGUACCACAAAGCACCCCACUACCACCAGCCGCCGCUGCAGCCCGGCUCUCCCUACAUCUCCACCGCCUCCUACCCCAGCUCCCCGAGCAUCACGUCAAGUGCUUAUCCCCCCCCGAGCUGGGGCUCCUCCUCGGAGCAGCAGCCCUCCAGGGUGUCCCACGAACAGUUCCGAGCCGCCCUGCAGCUCGUGGUCAGCCCCGGGGACCCCCGCGAGUACCUGGACAACUUCAUCAAGAUCGGGGAGGGCUCCACGGGGAUCGUGUGCAUCGCCACCGAGAAGCACACCGGGAAGCAGGUCGCCGUGAAGAAGAUGGACCUCAGGAAGCAGCAGAGGAGGGAGCUGCUCUUCAACGAGGUUGUGAUCAUGAGGGAUUACCACCACGAGAACGUGGUGGACAUGUACAACAGUUACCUGGUGGCCGACGAGCUCUGGGUGGUGAUGGAGUUCCUGGAGGGCGGCGCUCUGACCGACAUCGUCACUCACACCAGGAUGAACGAGGAGCAGAUCGCCACGGUGUGUCUGUCCGUGCUCAGAGCCCUGUCCUACCUGCACAACCAGGGCGUCAUCCACCGCGACAUCAAGAGCGACUCCAUCCUGCUCACCAGCGACGGCAGGAUAAAACUGUCCGACUUCGGCUUCUGUGCCCAGGUGUCAAAGGAGGUCCCCAGGAGGAAGUCCCUGGUUGGGACACCCUAUUGGAUGGCACCGGAGGUGAUAUCCCGCCUGCCCUACGGCACUGAGGUGGACAUCUGGUCCCUGGGCAUCAUGGUGAUCGAGAUGAUCGAUGGGGAGCCCCCCUACUUCAACGAGCCACCGCUGCAGGCCAUGCGCCGCAUCCGGGACAACCUCCCGCCCCGCGUGAAGGACGUGCACAAGGUCUCCUCGGUCCUCCGGGGCUUCCUGGACUCGAUGCUGGUGCGGGAGCCCUCGCAGAGAGCCACGGCACAGGAACUGCUGAGACACCCCUUCCUCAAGCUGGCUGGGCCCCCCUCCUGCAUCGUGCCCCUCAUGCGGCAGCACAGGCAUCGCUGAAGCUCUUGGGAAGAGGUCAGUGCAGAGCCUGGCUCACGGCGUGUGGGAAUGCCAGCGGCUGUGUGGGAUCCGCAGGCAGGGAGGAGAAUACCUUGAAGGAAAGCAGCCCUGUGGAAAUGCCACAGUGUAUAGAGAAGCCCAAAGGCCAGGCAGUGCUCUCUGUGCUCCCGCUGUGCCAGGGACAGGGAGCAAUCCCGGGCACGCUCCGGCGCU